AUGCUGCCGGCCUUAGUAAGCACUACAACGGGGGAUCGUGAAUGUCCGCACGAUGCGUGCGCAGCGAAGGUACCGGCAGCGCCAGCGCCAAUCGCGGCGGAGUAUUCGGAAGAGAUGCCGCUCGUACUAGCGGAUAACGACGAGGCAGGACCAGGACCCCGGGCAUCUUCGCGAUUCGAGGCGGAAUGUCUGUGUGAACCGCGUGCGUGCGCGCAAGAGGGGGCGCGUGCGAAGGGGGAAGCGCUCAGCGGAAGGGGGAGGGGGGCGGGCGGAGACGCGCGGCGGUGCCGGUGGGCGGUGAGGGUGGGGGAGUGGCAGCCGAGCGCGGAGGAGUUUUGGGCGGCAGUGGCGCUGCUGCCCGCGGAACACCACGCGCACGUUCUCAGAUUGAGCCUCUCUCAGGUGAUUCCCUCCCUUGCAGCCCUGACCUUCCAACCCCGCCUCCUCCUCCCCGCCCACACCCCGUCCCCGCGCACUUCCCCUCUUACCCCCACCCCGGCCCCCCCAUCUUUUCCCUUUGCGGCGCCCCCCCAUCCCGCCGACGCCUCCUUCUACUCGUUCCCCCGCAGGUUUCUCUGCCUGUCCGACCGCAAGCGCGCGCUGGUGAGCCGGCUAGCGCAGAUGGCGCUGGUGGCGCGCGCAUGUGGCGCGCGGGGGGGCGAGGUGGCGCUCGUGCGGACGAGGGAGGGGAAGCCGCAUUACCAGCCCACGGGCAUUGUCGGCGUCGACGUGGCGGCGCACGAUUGGCCGGAUUCUGCAGCCGCCGCUGCCGACAUGGUGGCGGCUGCUGCUGUGGAUGGAGCUAGGGAGGAGUGCUCGCUGCGGCUGAAGCAGGGCUGGAAUGGUGGCAGGAGUGGGGAUGGGGGCAGGAGCGGUGAGGAAGCAGAGUGUGGCAAGGAGUGGGGGGAGGUGGAAGCGGUGGUGGCAGGUCGAGUGGGGGGUGGAGAAGCGGUGGGGGAGAGGGAGAGGGUAGUGAUAGAGGAUGGGGGAGAGGAAGGUGGGGGAAGAGAGCUAAGAGAGGAAGGUGUGAAGGCGUCACUGGGGGCGAGUGCAGGAGAAAAGGAGUCGGGAGGAAGGGUAUGGGCGCUGAAGGAAUCAUAUGUGAAGGCCAUAGGCAUGGGUCUGGGGUUUGACCUGAGCCGCAUCAACUUCACUUCCCCACGCCCGCUCUCCCUUCCACCCGAUGCCCUUCCUCCCAGGGUAUGGGCGCUCAAGGAAUCAUACGUGAAGGCCAUAGGCAUGGGUGCCUUCGCUGCUCCUGGUAGCGGCAAGGGGAAAGGCGGAAACGGAAACGGGGGAGGCAAAGGGAACGGUGGCGGAAAGGGCAGCGGGAAAGGCGGGAAUGGUGGCGGCAUUGUUGGCGCGCUGACUGGCGGAAACUCGACAGGGGGGUGGGGCGCGGGCGGCAUAUUCUCCGGACUCUCCGCGCUCUUUGGCAACGGCUCCGCGCCGAGCGACCUUGGGGGCAUCUUCGGGCGCAAGGGCGGGAAUGGGAAGGGCCAGGGGAACGGCGGAGGCAAGGGGAAGGGCAAGGGGCGGGGCAGGGGGAACGGCAAGGGGAACAGUACGGAGAGUGCUAGCCCUGCGGGAGUGGCGACAGCUGCCAGCGCGAGUCAGGCAGUGGUGGGGGUGAUGGGGGUAGGCAACGGCAAGGGGCAGGGGAACGGACAGGGGCAGGGGAAUGGUCAAGGAAAGGGGAAGGGGAAGGGGCUUGGGUGGGGUAAGCGCGGGAAGAGCGCGGGUGGCGUGUUGGUGAAGCUGAGGGGCAGCAGUGUGGCGGCUGAUGCGCUGACAGCCCCUGGCGAUGCCAACGCCACUGGCGUCCUUGAAAUCACCCUCCUCCCGAACGGCACGGACUACGACGUGGCCUUCACGGCGCGCAUCUCCCUCUCCACUCCCGCCGCGCCCACAGCGCUCACUCUCAACAGCGGCAGCGCCGCCACCACCGGCGCGGCUCUCCUCGACCUCUCCACAGCCACGGCCGCUGACGGCACGUCCCCCCUUGUAUGGACUAGCAGUGACGCUGCCUCCUCGUCCUCUCUUGGCAGUAACAACCUUAUGGGGCGCGCGUGGGGCCGCCUGCAGCGAGCAGUGAAAGGCUCUGCUGCCCGCACGGUAGGCCUGCACACGUUCACUCUCACGGGCGUGUGGCGGGCCGCUGGCACUGUUGCUGCUGCGGACGGCGUGCAGACGGUGAGGGACGUGGCGCUGGCUGUUGUGGCGCAGCCCAGCGCGUUCUAUGCUGUGGUGGCUUCGCCGGGGUUUGAGGCGGGCGCUGCUAGGGGGCAGUUUCAGAAGGCGCCCAAAGGAUGGGCGUUUGGGCUGAGGAAGUGA